AAAAGACAUGCAGCAUGUUUCUUUGGAGUAACGGACGAUAUUAUCAGUCAAAACCCUUUCAGAGACUUUUGAAGAUGAGUGUUGGAUAUCUGUUGUGUGUUGUUUACUGCUUGCCUGUAUGUAUGUUGGGAGUUUGUAUGUAUGGAGGGGAAACUUACCCAGGGAUCACCCAAACACAAUAAAAAGGCGUUUCACCAGUGUUUUGUGCGUGUCAGCUGUUUCACCACUGGUUGUGUUGACAUGGACAAAUUCAGUGAAAGUCAGGCCAAGUCCACCGCUGUGGGCGCUGCUGGGCAUUCGUCUAGAGGGUUUUGUGCCUGCUGCUUUGUUGCCGCUGACACUUACUAUGGUACUUUUUCUUGGACCCUUGACCCAGCUGGCAGUUGAGAGCUCAAAAGGAAUUUUUCAUGAUGUCAAAGCAGGCUUCAAUUCUCGAUCUUGGAGCAAGUGUGUGAAAGAUUUGCGAUGGUUGAGGAACCAGGUGGUGGCUCCAUUAACAGAGGAGUUUGUUUUUCGGGCUUGCAUGAUUCCUAUGUUGGUGCCAUGCACCGGUCCCACUGCUGCCAUCUUCAUCAGUCCUCUCUUCUUUGGUGUGGCCCAUUUUCAUCAUAUCACUGAACAGCUUCGCUUUGGACAAGACACUGUGUUUGAAAUCCUAACCUGUGCAGCUUUCCAGUUUGUUUAUACUUACAUUUUUGGAGCAUACACUGCCUUCAUAUUCAUAAGGACAGGUCAUUUGGUGGGACCCAUGUUGUGCCAUUCGUUUUGCAACCAGAUGGGUUUUCCUGCCAUUGGUUCAGUUUUACACCAUCCACAGAAGCCUGUGGUCUUGCUCUCCUACCAGCUGGGUAUUCUGCUUUUCCUCAUCCUCCUCUUCCCUUUCACAGAUCCUGCUUUUUAUGGCAUGUCCCCCAUCUGCAGUCUGCUGCUUACACGCUCUGCCUGCGCAUGACACGUCUUCACGGUGCCUGGAUUAAAAUGUACCACAAAGUCUUUAAAAAAAUAUGACUGGGGAAAAAGCAUGAAAGACAGUAAAUGAAGCAUGUUGGCUUCAUGCAAAAGACUCUAUAUCCCGCACAUUCAUCAGCCUAGAUGAUGAGUAAAUGACUGUCAUGUUUCAUUUCCUUGCCUUUUUGUGGUAAGAGCUUUCAAACCGGCGUGUGGCUCAGUGGCUCAUUCGAAAUGUUUUAUUUUUUCAUUACGCCCCAUAUUUCUCUUUCAUUCAGUUCAAGUUAUCAGCUGUCAUGUUGUUAAAUUAAAACCAGAUGCUGAUGCGUGUAGCAGAUGAGAUGCUACGCGACAUUCAAUGCUAAUAUUAGAUGAGCAGCUUGCUUUGCCUUGUAUUUCAAAAUGAAGGAUUUUUGGGUAGCUUUAUAUCUAGAUUCUUGUAUUGAGCAGGUCUGAAAUUCUAACCACCAUCCAUGGGCUACAUGGUGAUACUGUAUGCAAAUAUAUUCAUCCAUGUCAUCCAAGAUGUUCUUGUCUUUCUUUCUUCAGUCAAAAAGAAAUUAAGGAUUUUGAGGAAAACAUUCCAGGACUUUUCUCCAUAUAGUUGACUUUAAUGGAUUUCUUCAAAGGGUACUACAUGAUCCCAGCAAAGAAAUAAGGAUCUUAUCUAGCAAUUUAGCAAUUCAAAAAGUUAAAAAAUGUAUAUGCUUUUUAACCACAAAUGCUCAUCUUGCACUAGUCCUGCGAUGCGAAUGCGCGUCUUCACAUAUGUGACCUUGGAUCACAAAACCAGUCAUAAGGGUCCAUUUUUCAAAAUUGAGAUUUAUACAGCAUCUGGAAGCUGAAUAAACAAGCCUUCCAUUGAUGUAUGGUUUGUUAGGAUAGGGUAAUAUUUGUUUGAGAUACAACUAUUUGAAAACCUGGAAUCUGAGGGUGCAAAAAAAUCUAAAUAUUGAGAAAAUCACCUUUAAAGUU